AUGGAAAGUGUCGAAGAAAUCUGGUACAGAGUCCAGAGAACAGAACCAGAGACUUAUGAUGAAGCUAUGAAGUCCAAGGAUAAAGAAAAAUGGGAAGCAGCAAUGAGGGCAAAGAUGCACUCUCUAGAGGUAAACAGAACCUGGACUUUGGUACCCAAACCCAAAGAUCAGAAGCUGAUCCAAUGCGAAUAUUCAGAAGAAAUUCUGCCUCCAAAUUGUAGUAAUUACACAACAGUUAGAACUUCAAUUGAUUGGGAUUCGGCUGAUGCUACAAAAGGGGCUUUGACAAAUCCAGAGAUCUUCAUAGGAUGGAAACCUCAUAAAGAAUGCGAUAACUGCGAAAAUUCAGGGGACUACUGCGGGUUCAACAAGACAAGCAAUUCUGUAAUGUGUUGCAAACACGAAAAUCCAAAAUUCUGCUCGAACUACCCGCGCCAUCAUUCUCCGACAAAAAAAAUUUUAGUGUCCGUGGCCGCAAGUAUUGGAGGCAGUACGUUACUUGUGUUGGUGAUAGUUCUUGUUUACAAAUCAUGGAAAUCUGAGAGUGAAAAAAAGACUCAACUUGAAGUAGACAAGUUCCUGGAAGACUACAGGACCCUCAAUCCAGCUAGAUAUUCUUACAGUGACCUUAGGAAAAUUACUGGUAAAUUUAAGCAGAGACUCGGCCAAGGAGGUUAUGGAAGUGUCUUCAGAGGGAAAUUCUCCAAUGGAAUUCCGGUCGCGGUUAAGAUGUUAGAACAUUCAGAAGGAAAUGGAGAAGAGUUCAUCAAUGAAGUGGCUAUUAUAGGUAGGAUACACCAUUUUAACAUUGUUCGCUUUCUAGGAUUCUGCUCAGAAGGAACACGACGUGCUCUUAUUUAUGAGUUUAUGCCAAAUGGAUCACUUGAAAAGUUUAUAAUCUCAAGGGAAAACGAGUCAGCUCAGCAUCCAUUAAGUUGGGAGAAGCUGCAAAACAUUGCAAUUGGUGUUGCUCGUGGAGUAGAGUACUUGCACCAAGGAUGCAACCAAAGGAUCCUUCACUUUGACAUCAAGCCCCACAAUAUAUUACUUGACCAUAAUUUUCUGUCAAAGAUAUCAGAUUUCGGUCUUGCCAAGCUAUGCUUAAAAGAACAAAGUAUUAUAACAAUGACAGCGGCCAGAGGAACUGCUGGCUAUAUUGCUCCAGAGCUUUAUUCGAGGAAUUUCGGAGAUGUUUCUUACAAGUCAGACGUGUUUAGUUAUGGAAUGAUGUUGUUAGAGAUGGUUGGAAGUCGAAAGAAUAUUGAUCUUACAACUGAAAGUCAAAGCCAAAUUUACUUUCCUGAGUGGGUAUACAACAAAAUGAGCCAAGGAGAAGAGCUUAAUUUAGAAAUUGAGGAAGCUGGAGAUGAGGAAAUUGCCAAGAAACUUGCAAUUGUGGGACUCUGGUGCAUUCAAUGGAAUCCAACAGAGAGACCUUCUAUGCCAGUGGUAUUGCACAUGCUUGAAGGUGAUUUACUGAGCUUGGGGAUGCCUCCAAAGCCCUUUGUUUCAUGCGAUGUUGGAAUUGGUGCAAUUGAUUGAUUUACUAAUAAAUGUAAACUAGACUGAAGGAUUUAAUAUUAGAAUGUAUUUUAUGUAUUAUCAUUGGCUUUGAAUUUCUUUACUGUAGAUAAAUUUCUAAAGAACUUGGGGAUAUGUCUCCAUAGCUCUUUCUUCAGAUGGUUAAAUGGAGCCAAAUUGAUAUAUCAAAGACACAAUUGAAAGAAACUCGCUGUUUGAAAUACGUCCAUCUGUAUAUGAGACUUGUUCUUCUUCUUGUAUUGAAAUUUUGAA